UUAUCUUCGAAUCCUAGAAAAUGAGGGUGGGAAGAGACCUCAGGAGAUCACAUCUAGUCCAACCCCCUGCUCAGAGCAGGACCAGCCCCAAGAUCUUAUGGGCUGUGCACUCAUCUCUAUUUUUUCUAGUUCUUGCCCCCUUUUUUCUCUCUCCUUCCCAUGUGCCGCUGCUCAGAGCGAUGUGUGGUUUCCACAUCCUUGCAAGAUUUAGAACAAGUUAGAUCUCUCCAGUGAUUACUAGCUCUUAAUUAGACUGUGUCCCCAUAUUUCCCUUUCCCGGUGCUAAUAGUUUUCUUUGUGUCCCUCCUUGAAACUCACUUCUGUGCAGCUCAUAAGUGUUGAUCCUUGUCCAUGUAAUGCUAUUGGCAGUUUGUUACUAAAACUUGACCCUGCCAUUUACCUCCUUCAAUCCAUCUGCACAUCCCCUCCACCCAACAAAAAGAUGCUUUGCCUUGGCAUCACAGUCUCUAUCCCAGUACAGUUUGGUGUUUGAUCUUCAUUUAGACUGAAGGCUUCUUGGGGCCAAGGCAGCAGGCAGGCUAAAUUGCUCCUAGCUGGAUUCUGACCCCUUUGCUUCAGACUGUAAUCUAGAUCCCUUUCUUCUGACAGCCAGCUCCUGGCUUGUGGCUUAGUUUGGUGAUCGCCCACUUCCUGGUCCCUUACAGCUACAGCUGACUGCUCCAGACCUCCUGUCCUGGACCCACUUUUCUUGUGGCUGUAUUGUGAUGACCACCUAUAUUUCAGUCCCUGCUUCUGAUCGUCUGAUUCAUAGCUUCCUUCCUGACCUUGUCUGCUUCUGAUGCCUUGGGUUAUGACCUUCUAGGUGAAGCCCUGUCCACCUGCAGCAGAACUAUAUCUUCCUUUGGCUCUUGGACUGUAGUGAGCAGUACAGUACAAGAUGCCUGGUUAAAUCCUGAUGCUCGCCCCUUUGAGAGCAUUUGCCUGGGAGGAUGAAGCCACAUUGCUGAAUGACAUCCUGCCUCCUAGGACAAACGAUGCCUUGCCAAGUGAAUCCCCUUCCUGUUCAAAGGGAAGAGCAAAAGCGAGCAAACAUGGGGAAGCUCCUACUGACAUGGAACUCAUGUCUACCAUGAUGCAGAAAAUUAUUAAAUUGGAACAAAAAGUUAGGAGCCAAGCCCAAGAACUCCAGCUGAAGGACAGGAAGAUUGCUGAUCUCCAGGGGAAGGUGAAGAUCCUUCAAAAAGGGAAAGAGGACUCCCCUGAGCCAAGCCAAGUAGAGAAGCUGGAAGUGAUGUGCCUUCAGCUGCAGCAUCAAGUCUGGGAAAUGGAGCAAUUUUUGAAUGACUAUGGAUUGAUCUGGGUUGGAGAGAGGAAUGAGGAGCUGGAAGAUUUGGAAUCAUCAGGGAAGAAGGCCAGUUGGCCAUUGAGGGUUUUCUGGAAGCCAGGCGACUCGACUGGCCCAAAACCCCUGAUUGAUUUUGAUCUAAUUUUGGAAAACCUGAAGGAUUUAAAUGUGCUGGCAGGGGAGGGUGUGUCUCAGAUCCAGCACACAGCGGGAGGUGCCAGACUGAGGGAGCCCGAAUCGGUGUCUCUUACUCUCUAUAAGAACGGGAUAGUGAUGUUCAAUGGGCCCUUCCGGUCAUACGAGGAGCCAUCCACACAGCAAUGUCUGCGGGAUAUCCUGGAUGGCUACUUCCCCUCCGAGUUACAGGCACGCUACCCAGCUGGUGUGCCAUUCCAGGUCACCGACAAGAGAGACAUUUUCUUUCGGGAUAGGCAGCUUCCAGAGAGCUUCCCUGGCCAGGGCCAGAGAGUUGGCCACGCAAAGCCAAGUGAAGUCCAGGAGACCAGUGAGAUCCCAGGUCCCAAGCUCUCACUGGAGCAGUUCCUGAACAAGCUUCCCAGGUCCGUGAUCCGGGACGGACACGUGAUUGAUGUGCGAGGGUCCAUCAAAGCAACGCUGCAGGGGUCUAAGAGGUCACGUGGCAGCGACGUGAUCCUGGUGGAAACACCUGCUCUCACAGCAGCAAAGGAGAGGCUGAAGGCAGCGGACCCAGACCAGCCUCCUGCGCCCGGUGUCUGUACGCUCCGGGUCAGGUCGGAGAGCGGGGAGCAGUCGUACCUUGUGAAGAUGCUGUUCACGGAGACCAUCGGAGAUCUGCGUCGGCACCUCACUCAGAGCCGGCACGGCAGCUCCAGCUCGUACGAGAUCAUCAGCACCUUUCCCCCACGGGUGUACACAGAUGACGCCCUCACCCUGCAGCAGUGCGGCCUCACCCCUGCCGCCUCACUCCUGCUGCGGGAAAGCAGCCCAGGCAGCCAGGCAAGACAGGGCUGCAGCUAGGCGAGCCCACCCGGGCUGCGCUGCCAAGCGCUGUGCUGUCCUCUCCACCCCGCUCCCUUCUCCAGCCGGGCCCGGCUGGCUUUGGCAAGAGGAAGGAGCAGCUUUGUACCGUGGGCUAAGUGGCUGCCUCUCCCUGCGCAGGUGGGAAGGCUGGGCUGUGUCCUACCUUGGGUUCACUGCUGAGUUACUUCCUGGAAGGGAGGCUGGGUUGUGGGGAGAGACCUCCAGGGCCACAGCCCUGCUGAGAGACCUGGGACAAACCACGCGCUGCCAGCCUAAGAAACUCACCC